UGUGAUUGUCGCACUUCUCUUCAGUCGGGAGAGAAAAAGAAAGACGACGAGACCGUCGACAGCCUAGGUCCUUUAGAGAAGGGACAAGUUCGCAACGAAGCCCUGCGGGAACUGAGGGUGGAGCUGAGCAGGAAGCACGGGGCAGGAGAGUUGGACAGCUUCGCUCUUUACCUGUACGGAGUGGUGCUGAGGAAACUGGACCUGCUGAAGGAGGCCGUUGAGGUGUUCGUUGAGGCAAUCCAUGCACUUCCGUUUCACUGGGGAGCCUGGCUGGAGCUCAGCAACCUGGUCACCAAUAUAGAAAUGCUGCGGUCCCUGUCUUUACCUGAGUGUUGGAUCAAAGACUUCUUCAUGGCCCACAUGUACACCGAGCUGCAGAUGAUCAAAGAGGCGCUGCAGAAGUACCAGAGCCUCAUCAAGGCGGGGUUCUCUAAAAGCACCUACAUCAUCUCUGAGAUCGCCGUGGCCUACCACAACAUCAGAGAUAUCGACCAGGCUCUGGCCAUGUUUCACGAACUGAGGAAUCAGGAUCCGUUCCGCAUCGACAACAUGGACACGUUCUCCAACUUACUCUACGUGAAGAGCAUGAAGCCAGAGCUGAGCUACUUGGCCCAUAACCUGGUGGAGAUUGACAAGUACAGGGUGGAGACGUGCUGCGUCAUCGGUAACUACUACAGCUUACGCUCUCAGCACGAGAAGGCCGCGCUGUACUUCCAGAGGGCGCUCAAACUCAACCCUCGGUGCCUGGGGGCCUGGACUCUGAUGGGCCACGAAUACAUGGAAAUGAAAAACACCUCGGCUGCCAUCCAGGCCUACAGACACGCCAUUGAAGUGAACAAGCGGGACUACAGAGCCUGGUACGGCCUGGGUCAGACCUACGAGAUCCUCAAGAUGCCUUUUUACUGUUUGUACUAUUACAGAAAGGCUCAUCAGCUCAGACCAAACGACUCCCGUAUGUUAGUGGCACUCGGUGAAAGCUACGAGAAACUGUCGCAGCAGGUGGAAGCCAAGAAGUGUUAUUGGAGAGCGUACUCUGUUGGAGAUGUAGAGAAAAUGGCUCUGCUGAAGUUAGCAAAGCUUCAUGAACAACUGAAUGAGUCGGACGAUGCUGCUCAGUGUUACAUGCUCUACAUCCAAGACAUUUUCUCCUGUGGGGAACAGUUGGAGCACGCCGAGGUGAGCACGGCCCUGCGGUACCUGGGUCAGUACUAUUUCAAGAACAAACUCUACGAAGAGGCGUCGCUGUGCGCUCAGCGCUGCUGCGAUUACAACGACGCCCGUGAGGAGGGAAAAGCCUUGUUGAGGCAGAUCUCACAGGUCCGGGAUCAGAUCGAGACGCCGUCGACGGAUCUGUUCGCUCCGCUCUCCAACAACACUCCAGCCAGGAGAGUAUCUCCUCUCAACCUCAUCUCCUUCACACCAUGACACACACUGCUGCCAUCACGGGCCGUUCACUGGAGAACUGGGCCUGUGAUGGUGCGAUUUGUUCUGGGACAUUUAAGAGACUGGGUCAACCUGUGUUUGAGGGAUUGACCCCUGGGUCAACACACACACCUACACACACCUGCAGCUGUUGUUGUUGUUGUAAAUAUACAGGUUAAAGGAUUCGGUAGGUUGUGAAUUAGACAAACUCUGGAUUUUUGGAAUGCAUUUUGUAAAAGCAAAGAGACAGAUUUUCAAGUAUUUAAUGUCUGUGGACAAAAUGUACAAAAUAAUAAAAAAAGAGAAGAAGAACAGACAUGCAGUGCAGAGGAAAGACACACGGAAUUAUUUACAGACGCAAAACAAAACGGUAGCAUCUCUGCGGUGAAGUGGGGGUGACACACACGUUACACACACACACACGUGUUAAAACAUCUCACGCUCUCGUCACUAGUCCAAGUAAAAACAACACAUUUGAAUGAACAACAUUGCAUAAAGAAAUGUGUAGAAAAGGCAGUAAAUAUAUAGUUUGUUAAUCCACACGUAUUCAUUUGGUAUCAGUGGUGAAAAAAAAAAAAGUUAUAAAGUGAACAGGAAGGAGUCUGUAAGUGGAGAGAGAACUGUGUACCUCAGGAAUGGGAGUAUUUUCAAACAGUAUAAAGUAUUUUUUUACAUAU